AUGGCAAAUUCUGACAAAGAGCAAGAAAAUGUUACCAUGGGUGCAUUCUCCGGGACAUCCUCACAUUCAGUGGAGGGUUGUGAUGGUGUUGCCCCUCUCACACCUCCCCUCGACACCAUUAAACACCUCUAUUCACUUCCCAAGACUAGUUCUAUUACACCAGUCUUUUGCGGCGUGCGGGAUCUAUUUAAUGGUGCCGACGCGCAUAGAUAUGCACACCCUCUGCACACACCAAGGAUGGACGGAGUGCGCGAUAUGUAUUUGCGUGAAGGUACACACGUGACAGAUACACCUACUUUCGAAGGCCUGCGUGAUAUGAUGGAGAGCCUAGCAGGAUAUCGCAAGUCCGAUCAGGAAGAGGACAGUGGAAGAACGACACGUUCUGGUGCUUCGGCCAAACCCCGCGAUAAGGGUGAUAUGUCCUGA